AUGGGGAGGCUUCCUGCCGCUACUUUCUGGCUAGCGCCGGUGGCCCUCCAAACCUGGUCUUCUUGUCCGCAAGAACAUCGAAGCAAAAAAACCAAAGCCCCAACCAAAAAAAGGAAAGAGAGAAGAGAGCUUAAGCUGAGCGAGAACCACGCAAACAAAAGAAGCCCGUUGCCAAAUCCGCCACCCCGACCACCAGAGCCGCCAACAAGUCCCCCAGACAAACGACCCGAAGAACCCGGAGGAGGGGGGGAAGGAGAGGGGGAGGUAGAAGCGGGCGGUCAAGGAGCAGCGGAGCCAAAAGUCGAUACCGAAGCGGGAGUCGAUGCCCAAGACCACAACGCUGACAAAGAAACCGAAACCGAAACCGAAACCGAAGCCGACAUCGAGAGCGAAAAGGCAAAAGAAAACAAAAAAUCAAGACAUGAUACCCAUUCAAGUAAUGACCACACGGACGAGCAGCCCCUUUCCAAGGAAGAAUCCCCAGAAUCCCACCGGACCGAUCCCUCCCCGGCAGCAAAGAGGGAUCCCUCGUCCGCGUACAAGGCGUUGAUCAUGGAUGCAUGGCGGUUCUCGUCGACGGGGAACCGGGCGGAGAGCAUGUUUCUGGCCUCGGCCUGGGCUGUGUAUUUUGUCUAUUAUUUCGGAUACGCAUUUGGGAGAAACGUCGCUUGA